AUGGGACGCCAAAAGUGGCCCCCCAGCACACCACCCUCCAUGAUGGCAUGCCUUCACGUGGAGACCCCCUCCAUCUGCGCCAGCAAAUUCAAAUCGGGUCUUCAGCUCUGCCUUCAGCACAGACGAAGUCGAGAGCAACUCGCAGAGCAAGGCAUCAUGCCCCCUCUAAAAGCCCCUGCUGCCUUCCACGAGAGGAUUCGCAGUCUGGAGAGAGCGAGGACGGGGAACUUCCUGAAGCACAAGCUUUGCCGCAGACCGGCUCGCUCCGAGUUGGUCCGCAUUCUGAAAGAGAGCAAGGCCGAUGCUUCCCUGCAGGCCGCUCAGAUGAAGCUGAAGAGGGCCCGGCUGGCUGAAGAGCUCAAUCAAAAAAUAGCCUGCAGACCUGGACCCAUGGAACUGGUGGAGAAGAACAUCCUGCCUGUGGACAGCGGUGUCAACAAGGACCGCGAAGGCGAUAGUCCAGACCCCAGCGAGAUGGCCGAUGUUUACACUUUUACCGACGACAAGAGUGACGCUUUAUCGCCAGAUCCAUGUCUCCAAACGUCUCCCGGCACCAGCUCGACUGAGGCUGCGUCUCUUUGUUCUUCCAGCUCCCCUGUACAGCCUCAACCAUCUGAGUCCUCACCUGACCACUCCUCCUCCUCCAGUGAGCAACUGGCAGCUUCAUCUCAGUCAAUCACUGCUGUGCUCACAAAGCAGCAGAGCUCGCCAAAACCGACAGGCGAGAAAAGCCGCAGCAAAAAGAGCCGAGAGGCCAAGCCGAGGAUCCGCAAGCUCAAAUAUCAUCAGUACAUUCCCCCGGACCACCACAAACACGAGCAAAAGUCGUCACCAGAAGCCGUGGCGGCACACAUGGACGCCGCCUACAUGCGCAUUCUGCAGCAACAGCAGCACUUUUUACAGCUGCAGAUCCUUGGCCACCAAGCGGCGCUUAAUUUAAAAGGCGAAUUUCAAAGCAACUGCAAGGUCCCGAAAGAAAACUGCAAACCAGAUCAGUUGCCGGUCAACCUAGAUGAAAUGAAGGUGGCUGAGCUGAAGGUGGCGCUCAAACUGCGCUCACUUCCUGUCUCCGGAACCAAAAUGGAUCUGAUUGAGCGGCUCAAAUCCUAUCACGAGAGUGUCCUUAACGUCGAAACUAAAGCUCCUGAAAAGACCACCUCGGUGCCCCCCAAAGUGUCCGGCGCGGCUUUGGAGAACCGCGGUGACAAAACUGAUCCUGUGGUGCCCGGGUCUCAUGAGAAGGACCGUCGUCUGCGUGAGAAGGAGCUUCAGAUCGAGGAACUGAAGAGGAGGCUGGAGCGUGAGCAAAGGUUGGUGGAGGAGCUCAAGUUGCAGCUGGAGGUGGAGAAGAGGAAUCACCAGCUAGGAGAAUCCUCGUCGCCUGGCCUUGCUCCUCGCUCUCCCCUCCAGGAGGAACGCGAGGUCAAACGUGAGAAGGACGCGGAGCACGGCCUCUUACCGCCUCCCAGCUCAACUGCGCAACUUCCUCAACACGGCGUCAAAUUGCAGUCGGCAAAAAUAGACGACUCGACACCUCAGAGCAAGACCAACCAUCGUGGUUGUUCUCCAGACUUCUUGCCGACGCUGCGCAAUUGUAAGAACCUCCGAGAGCCUCCUCCCUAUGAAGACGCGGUGAAACACACGCGCAUGCAGCCCGCCAUUCAGGGCUUGUAUGCAGCGAGCCAGCAGAUGGACGACCUGUUUGACAUCCUCAUCGAAAGCGGCGAGAUGUCCCCUUUCCUAAAAGUCAACCCUCCCGUCGACAACAAACGAGUGGCAGUAACGCCCAGCGUCACCCUACUGCCUGUCAACACCGCUCUGUCGCGUCCGCCCCCCCGUGUCCAGGUGGCGCACGUGCGGAACGAGGAGAUUCCUUCCCCCCUGGCAGCCAUGGAAAUGGAGCUGGGCGACUCCGACGUCCACGGGAUGGACUGGUUGGAUCUGAGCGUGUCAGCUGGAGAGGGUGUCUUCUCCACUGACUUCCUGGAUGCUUACCAACUGCUCUAG